GGGCAGGUUUCGUCCUCAGUUGCAGUUUGAAGCUUGUUCUCGUCUCUUAAAUAAAUUUCCUGGAAACUUAUCCGUCGCGAAAAUGUCCAUCAUUGGCAAGUACGAUCUCAUCUCUGACCCCAACGACGCCGAGUGGGACACUUACCUUAAGACCGUCGGGGUUUCGGAUGCUCAUAGAGAAGCUGGUGCCAUGGUCAAGCCCUCCAUUGAGAUUUCCGAGGCUGGUGGCAAGUACACCUUGAAGACUUUGUCCGAGCUGAAAAAUAUGGAAAUCAGUUUCGAGCUUGGCAAGGAAUUUGACGAGACCACUGCGGACAACAGGCAAUGCAAGACCAUCUUCACCAAGGAAGGGACCAGCAAACUCAUCCAGGUCCAACAAUUGGACGGCAAAAAGUCCCAAACCGUUCGAGAAUUCACGGCUGGAGGAAUGAACGCCGUCUUUUCGGCGGAAGGCGUCUCCGCCACCCGAAAAUAUAAGAGGGUCAAUUAAGUGGAACGCCGUUACCAAUUAAUUAAAUUAAAAAAUUAAAGGAUGUGCUUUCUAAAGUAAAUGAGAUAAAUAAAUCAAAAUUUGGCUGAAAAUUUCCUAAAAA